ACCUUUUUUUUUCCUUAUUUCUAUUAGUCUUUUUAUUUUUAUCAUUCUGUGCAGGAACUAGUUAUAUUGGUAUGUUUUUUUAUCUCCAUUUAUCCACUCUUUCCUUUAGUUGAUGUGCAUUUCUGGUCUUUAUCAUCUCUCCUCUGUUAUGUUACUAAGCUAAACUCACCCAGUAAUUUUAUACAAAGCCUCAGUUUCAUGUGUUUUGGUUCUUCGUGUCACUUUAUUCAAUCAUUCCUCAAGAUGGUGUCCGUAUUACCUCUAUUUUUACCCUUUACUUAGUUGUAUUUGCUGAAUUAUGUACAGGACAUUAGUUAUAUUUGUGCAGUUGAUAACAGAAUAGAAAUAGGAACUUAGGCCUUGAGAGGAGGAGUUAGAGCAGAAGGGAGGAGCCAGAGGUGUGGGAGGAGUUACUGGUGUCUGGAGGUACUGAAAGCGUGGAGGGGAGAGAUGCGUCAGUCCUCGCAGAGCGUCUUGCCUGAGUUGCAGUGCUUGGAGGGAGAAUGAAGCCACCACCACUACUGCUGCUGCUAUUAGUGGCAGGUUUUGUGAGCUGCAUCCCCCAAGAGAGGCUUGAUAGAGGGGAUGGCAAGGACAGUGUGGUGCCUCAGUUUGGUGUGGGCAGCAGUGGUGGUUCAUCCAGGAAUCUGAGUGAGGAUUCAGACCAGGAGAGUGUGGACGAGCUGCCUAGGGAUGUGAGAGCUGAUGACGACACACAGGCAAGAAAAGAUCUCUGGGAAUCAAAACUUAUCCAGACACAAGAAGAGAACAUAAGCUCACCCAAAGCACUCUCUAGAAGUUUACGAAUAUUCAGAUAUAGAGAAGUUCCCUCAAGAUCCAAGAAAAGAUCGCGUGCAAGGUAUGGAUACAGAGGAAGGUCGAAGCAGAAACCAGUAAGUUAUGGUGCAGAUCACAACAAUAUCCAGGAAGAUGAGGAAGACUACAAUUCAGGUGAGCAGGAAGGAGUGGAGGAGAAUGAUGAGGUGGAGGAUGGCAAUGAUGGAGACUAUGAUGAUGAGGAUGAUGACAAGGCCCAGGAAAUGGAUGAGAAGGAGGAGGAAGAACAAGAGGAAGAGGAGGAAGAUUUACGAAGACCACCUAAAAGUCGCAAAAAGAAACCCCGAAAAGGAUGGAUGAGACGAAGAAGAACAAGAUAUCGUGAAGGACAUGAGGACACAAAGAGAGGGUACAGAGAAUACAACAACCUUGGCAGUGAUGAUGAAACAAGUCCCCCCUUAGAAAGCCAGAUGAAGAGCCGAGAGAAACGACAGGUGGGAAGCAAUGCUAGAGGAAGAGAAGGCAAUGAGUAUAGUGACAGCGGUUCCAGUGACUCAGAUGAUGCUGAUGAGACAACACCACUUCUCUGGGGCUCAAGGAAGACAGGGGAUAGAAAUGGCAGGAAAAUAUAUAGGGAUGAUAGCCGUUACAGUAGCAGGCGCAAGACCACUGAUAGGGGAAUAUUAUCUAAAAUUAAGCAAAUACUAUAUCCAUUCAUUAAAUAUAAGAAACUUAAGAACAGAGACAGUGAGAAUGAGAAGCGAGGUUAUUAUGGAGACAAUGAGGGGAAAGAAAUUAUGAAGAGGGGGUUGGGUUCUAAAUUCCGGGCUUUGAUGAAGGGAAUGAAACAAAGGAUCGGUUCACGUCAAAAGCUUAUAGACGAUAACAAUAAAAGCCUGAAUAUGAAAAAUAGUGAAGUGCUUGCUGAAUCAAAGGCUGAUGAUAGAGAAUACAAGGGUGGUCAGGAUCAGAAAAUUAAUCAUAAGAAUAUUUUUUCCAUAAUCAAAGCCAGGUUUGGUAAGAAAGAUAAGCCUAGGACCAAUUCAUAUCAAAGAUUCAGUAACAGCGAAGAUUAUGGUAAUUUUGGCUAUGCCGGGGAUGAUGAGAGUCAGGAUAUUGUUAAAAGGGGAUUUAUCGCAAAAAUAAGAAAUUUGUUCAAUAAGAUGAGGAAAACUAAACCCAGUGCAUAUGAGAGAGUUAGGGAGAGUCAGAGAAGUGAUGAUGGAUGGAGGAACGACGGCUAUGAUGAAGGUGAUACGUACAAUGAUGAACAAAUGGAUUAUGAGGAUUAUGGUGAUGAGACAACGCUGCUGCUGCCAGAGGAGAGGAGGGGAUCCCGCACUUCCGCCACACGUUUCAGGAACAAACGCAGUGACAUAAAUCUGCUGGAGAGAGUCUUGAGGAAUGUUGCUCUCAUUUCCUCACACCUGAAGGAGGAAGUGACUCCAAACACCUCCCCAUCUCCCCUCCUGGGUAACCCGAAGGAGUCACUGCAGAAGGAGAAGAUUGAGAGGGAUGUGCUUGGAGGAAAUGAAGAUGAGGAUGAGAAUGACAAGGUUAGCAAAUAUGAUGAGGGUGAUAGUGAAGAUGAGGGCAUAGGUGAUGAUGAUGAGGAGGAGGAGGAGAAGGAGGAGCAGGAGGAGGAGGAGGAGAAAGAGGAAGAGGAAGAUGAAGAGAAAGGCAAAGAUUAUGAUGAUAGUGAAGGCAAAGGUAAAAACAGAGAGUAUGAUGAGGAUUAUGAAAGUGAAGCUCAAGAUGAAGAGAAUGAGAAGCAGGGUGAUGAAUAUGAUGAUCAAGAAAGUGAGGAUGAUUUAGCUGAUGAAUAUGAGACUGAAAAUGAAGAGAAUGAAGGAGAAACAGAUGGAAAUGAGAAUGGUGGUGAAGGGAAGAUAGAUGAAUAUGAGGAGGAGAAUUAAGGAAGCAAAAGAUAAAAUGAUAAGAAUUUGAAAAAUAAGUAUAGUAAAAAUGAAGAUGAUAGCUAUGAAGAUUAUGAUGAUGAUAGUGAUGAAUAUGAUGAUUAGUGAUUACAAUGAUAGAAAUGUGAAAGAAGUAUUAAAAUAGAAGUAAGAUGUAAUAAUGAGAAGGAUUAGAAUAUGAUGAUAGUGAUGAUGAUUAUAAUAAAAA